AUGGCAUCGUUCCCCAUCUCUUCACCGAGGGGAUCACUCUCCGGAUUAUCAGGAGACAUAUCUCCCGAUUCUCCCCCUCCUAAACCUCCCCGGUUAUCUAGGUCUGAAGUAGCGACGUACUGGAACAUCGUACAAGACCUUGAAUCGAACGAAGAGCAUGAUCUGGCUUGGAAACUCUCCCGACCUACAAGAUCUGCUCAGAGCCAUAGCCAUAUUGUGACAGAUCCUGAAAACGGAGAAGGUGACAUAAUUGAGAAUCAAGAUGAAGAUGGAAUGCGCAUCGAUGAGGCAAGGCAACACCGAUCAAUCAGUAGACCAAGACGUGUCGAUGGACUAUCAUUCACACCGUCAUAUCAAGAUGAGCAUAACUCAACUUUUAAAAAUAGGGACAAGGGUAAAAAUAAAAGGAAAAGAGGAAGUGCACAAUGGGAUGAAAGAGAUUCAACUAAAUGGCCAUUAUCAAUAAAUCAAUUACAUUCAAAUUCAAUUUCAAAGGAAAAUAAUAUAGACACAUUAAAAGAUAAUAUAAUCAGUUUCGCAUCUUCUUAUAUACGUCUUAAUAACCUUUUACCACCAUCAAAGCCAACUGUCCCCAAAAAUAAUGAUAAUGAUAAUAACAACCAAAGAAAAUCGUCAACGAGUACGAAUAGGAAUAGGAAUACGAAAACGAAUAAGAGUAUGAAUGAAGAUGAAAUUGUAGACAUGGAUAUUGAAGAUGGGGGAUUGUCUGAUAAUCUCGGUCAAUCGACUGUUGAGAUAUUAAAUAAAACAUUGAUAAGUUUGGCUAUUCUAAGGCCUGCUGAAUUGGGUAAAAAUAGGAAAUUGAUGAGUACGAUAAAUUGGAAUGGUGUUUUAUCUGCUUCCACUCUAGGAAGCAAGGAUACUUAUCGUUACUCACUGGCCAGAAAGGCAAAUAAACGAUUAAGGGAUAUGUACAGAGUGGAAGAGAGAGAUGUUCUCAAACAUCGUCUUGAUAUAUUACAACCCACUGGGACCCCAUCCGAAUCACUCCUUGAGAGUCUUUACGACUCUGUGCUUCCAAAGAAGAGUAGUGCCGCUCGACCACAUCAAUCCAAGACAGAGCUAGAAAAGCGAGCGGAGAAACGGAGAAUCAAAGAAAAAGCAAAAAUCCCUCAAGUGAACGAACAGACGCUCAACAUAUCACUAGACAAUGGUGAGAAGCGGUCGAGUAAACGAACAAAACGAACAUAA